CCAAUCAUGAUCUUUACAGCGCUCACAAUGCUUCACGGUACAUGGUGGUAUUGGCUCCGGAACAUGGGCACCAUCAGGCUGGAGCGUUUCAAAAGAUGCUUGAUAUUUCGCCAGCAAGGGCACAUCUGCACUGCAUAUGUGAUCCCAUCACAGCACACACAUACAGCACACAGCAAUGCAGACAAAUUCACUGGCCCAUCAAUAUCGUUCCCACUGACAAUCAUUGGGGCACAAUCGUCGUUCAGAUCUAGCUCAUUCAGAAGCAAUGAAACUGUCACGAUGAACACAUGGUAUAUUUACGCGCAAAGGUAAUUGGGGCAGACGGAGACAAGCCAUCUCAAAACACCAUGUUGCUGGCAUGGAGGCGCCUGGAAGGCUGCAAAAGAAAGAUGCCAAUAAGAAAUUGACAG